CCCCUGCAUUUUCAAACCUAGUAAAAAUAAAGUUGAUAAACAGAAUAAGCAAUUUGGUUUGGUAGAAAUGAAGAAAUUGAACUCUCUCUGCCAUCUCCUGGUGAUACUCCAUCCAUUCUGGUUAUCACUUGCAGCAGCAGCCGAAUCAACCAUCAACUAUCUCCCUGGUUUUGACGGCCCUCUACCGUUUGACUUGGAAACAGGGUAUAUUGGGGUGGGAGAAGCAGAGGAAGUGCAGCUGUUCUACUACUUUGUGAAGUCGGAGAGGAAUCCUGAGGAAGACCCUCUGCUCCUCUGGCUCACCGGCGGCCCUGGCUGCUCUUCCUUUUCAGGCCUCGCCUAUGAAGUCGGUCCCUUUCGCUUUCAACAAGCGGAAUACAACGGAACCUUGCCGACUUUGGUCUACAAUCCCAACUCCUGGACAAAGGUUGCCAGCAUGAUAUUUAUAGACUCGCCAGUUGGGACUGGAUUCUCUUACGUGACAACCAACUCGUCCGCAAUUCGACCGGGUGACAUUGUCCAAGUUUCCCACGCUCAAGAGUUCCUCAGAAGAGAAGAGCCUCUUCUCCUCUGGCUCACCGGCGGCCCUGGCUGCUCCGCCGUUUCGGGCCUCGCCUUCGAAAUCGGUCCCCUUCGCUUUCAAGUAGCGGAAUACAACGAAAGCUUGCCAACUUUGGUCUACAAUCCAGACUCCUGGACAAAGGUUGCCAGCAUUAUAUUUGUAGACUCGCCAGUUGGGACUGGAUUCUCUUACGCGACAACCAACUCGACUGCAAUUCGACCGAGUGAUCUUGUCCAAGUUUCUCAUGCUGAAGAAUUCGUGAGAAAAGUUGGUAUCUUUUCAUCUUUUAUGUACCUGAAAACAGAAAAUAGUGACAAAAAUGCUGAUUAUGUUGGUAUCUUUUCAUCUUUUAUGUACCUGAAACGAGAGAAUAGAAGCCACCAACUUGAAAUGCCUCAGCAACUUAAAGGCUUUUCGUGA